UUCCACUACUUUCGAUUCAUGCCAAUAGGCUCAGCCUUCGUCAUAUCUUUCAUUGCCUUAUAAAGUCGUAUGAGCGAUACAAAUAUAAAUAUGUAGAUGUAAACCGCGACUGAACCCUGAAGUAUAAUUCCCCAUCCAGGACAAAUAAAGUGUCAAAUUGAUUAUCGGGACGAAAGACUGCUCUAUUGACUUUCAUGCAUUCAUUCAGCCUUCAUCAAUUUCUAACAUACGGCAUUUACUUAUACAUACUUACUUAUGAUUUCUCUGCAAUAAGAGAAAAUCAUCAAAUUUCAUCUUGCCCACCCGAGCUAUAAAUCUUGAAAGUACAUUUUGGUGCCUCUCAAGUACUAACAAAAAGGUAAUAAUCAUUCAUUCCAGGCCUCCUCUCUGGUAUUCUUUAUAACCGGCUCCCGCUCGCCGUAGCUUAACAAGUCCGUUAAAAUUUGAACAGUGCUGAAAAAAAUCACACUCAAUUUUUAGAAAUGCUCUAAAGCAAUACGAGUAACAACUACAAACAGUCAUUCGCAUGAUAAUCGAUUCCACGUUGCCGUUUUUAUCCGGCCAUAGACUGUUACAGUUAGCAGAAUUCCAGAAAAAUAUGCAAAAUGCUACGUUCUACGCUGAAAGCUUACCUUUCGAACAAAUCGAAAAACUAACUGUCGGCUGUGGUUACUCAUCGAUCUAUGCCAUUUCAAAGCCCAGCGUUGAUGUCGUAGGGAAUUGGCAGACUCGCUGUUGCUCAUUGGCCGACACCUUUCAACCCAUUUUGGAUCGUAUAUACAACUUCGAAGUGCGUGAAGAUGAUAUUUGGAUUGUAACGAGCCCCAAAUGUGGCACCACCUGGGCACAGGAGAUGACAUGGUUAAUAUUGAACGAUUUCGAUUUUGAAAAGGCAAAAUCAAAGGAUAUUUCCUUACGUUCACCAUUUUUGGAAUUCAAUGGAUUUAUACCGAAUAUGUCAUAUGAUUCAAUUGAAGUUGCUAAUAAUCUACCGUCACCGCGUUUGAUAAAAUCUCACUUACCCGCCUGGCUGCUGCCGAAACAAGUAUGGACCAAGAAGAGAAAGAUCAUUUACAUCUUCCGUAAUCCGAAAGAUGCAGCUAUUUCAUAUUUCCAUCAUUGGCGCGGUAUGGUCGGGUAUAAGGGCACAAAGCAGGACUUUAUGCGUUCCUACAUCGAUGGCUAUGCGGUUUUUAAUCCCUUCUGGCCACAUGUGCUCGACUUCUGGCAAAUGCGAAACCAACCAGAAAUCUUUUUCACCAGCUAUGAGCGCAUGAAGCGUGAUUUGGCUGGCGUUAUUAAGGAUGUGUGCAAGUUCUUGGGGCGUGAUGUUAAAGAUGAGCAACUGUCGCAGCUGGAGGCGCAUCUUUCUUUUGACAACAUGAAGGAUAACCCCGCUUGCAAUCAUAGCAAGGAGUUUGAAGAUUUCAAGGCGGCAGCUGGUAGAGAAGUGGAUGAAUUUAAAUUUGUACGCCGUGGCAUAGUUGGCAGUCAUAAGGACGAAAUGCCUCAACCAGUUAUACAGGAAUUUGAUGACUGGACGGAGGAUAAUUUGAAAGACUACCAACUGACUAUUGAUGAUUUUACAAAUUAUUCAAAAUAUUAAACGGACUUUUUUAUAAUUAAGCUUAUAUAUAAUAAAUAUUUUGUAUAUAUUUUGAGAGUAUUUUGGGAACAUUUUAUGGGAAAUUGUAAAUUACGACUACGCUAAUUUGUUUUUUUAAUUUAAC